CUUGCAUAUCCUCGACCCUGACACUGCUACGGCUCUGUUGCUUCUCAGACUUUAUUCCAGGAUCUGCUCCCGGACCCAGAGCUAUUUGACACUGCACAUUCGCUCCCUCCUCCCCCAGCUGAACAGCGCCGGCAUCCACCAUGGCAUCGCCUCUGUUUCCUGUUGCUCUCGCCAACCCCAUCCCGACCCCAGCGCCCCGCCCGCUUUCAUAUCCGGAACAGCAUCCCCACUCAGCCUUCCACCACCAGCACCAAGGACUGCGGCAGAGCUCCCCAGCUCGGCUAAGCACAUCGACAUCGCCGCCACUGCAGCAGCAGCAGCAGCAGCAGCAGCAGCCUACCCUGGCGCAGUCUCCUCCGUACCAAGUGAGAGUUCUUCCUCGCCCAGGCUCACCAAACCAGCCAGCCUCCUCGUCGACAUCGUCGAUGCCCCAGCGCCAAGCGAGCAUCCAUCGCCCUGAUCUGCAGCUGUCGUCGUCGCCGUCGCCGCGCCAACCCCAGUUGUGGCAGCCGGACGAAGAUGCACAUCAGUGCCGGCAUUGCGAGCGCCGAUUUACGCUUUUUGUCAGACGGCACCACUGCAGAUGGUGCGGAUACAUCUUUUGUGAUGCGUGCUCGAGUGCGCGGAUCUCAUUCCCAGGCCAGCCCAGCGACCUCCAGCAUCGGGUGUGCGACUCGUGCUUUCUCUUCCUCACCGGUCCCGAGGCUGUGGGCUCGCAUGAUGACGAUGGCGACCUGGGACCUCCUUCGACCUUGAACCUGACGAUUGGCACUCCCGGCCGCCUGCGAACAGCGCCGUCGCUGCAGCAAGUACUGAGUUCGUCCGUGUCCUCGAUCCGCCGGGGCAUCGAGGGCCUUCUAGUCCGGGACGAUCACAACGAAACUGACGACGACGAGCCCGGCGACGACCGGCACGCAUACGGCGAUGGCCAUGGCCAUGCGGGUGCGCACGAGUCUAUCGACGGCCGGUCCUUGGCCGCCAGCGUCAUGAACGAAUGCCCUGUCUGCCAGACGCCCUUGGAUCAUGCCAGCAUGGGCGAGGACGAAAUCGCCCAGCACAUCAACGAUUGUCUGACCGGAGCUAGUGGCGGAAGGAAGUCUGUCGAGAUCCGGGGAAACCGAUAUCUGACCCAAACCCUGGCCGAAGAUAUCCCCAACAAGGAAUGUGCUAUAUGCUUUGAUGAAUUCACUGCCGGACAACGCAUCGCCCGGCUCAAGUGCUUGUGCAUAUACCACGCCGACUGCAUCCAGUCCUGGUUCCGGACGACGGCGCAAAAGACCGGCGUGGCCACCUGUCCGGUCCACACGCUAUGAGGCAUGUCGCUACCGGCGUCUCCGUUUCUAUCGCAACCAUCAUCACCACCUGCCUUUGCUUCCUCCCCCACCCCAUCACUUGCCUUUGCUUCCUCCCCCAUCACCACAACCCAAAUGAUG